UCCCACACACAUUCUUUUUUCAUAUACUUUCAUCAAUUAGAUACAUGUUAGACAAAUUACAAAAUGGCUGAGAAAACAGAACCAUUCGUAAGUGAUGGAAAAUUGAAGAGAAAAUCAGGAUCAUCUCUUGAUGAAACAAUAGAAAGUUGCAUAGGAGAAUUUGGAUGGGCACAAUUUUUACAAGCCAUUUUUGUCUCUCUUGCUUGGUUCUUUGAUGCUCAACAAACUUUUAUCAGUGUUUUCACUGAUGCACAAUCUUCUUGGCAUUGCAUAUCAUGUAGUAAUUCUUCUUCAUUUAUUGACAACAAUUUUUGUACUCUCCCAAAGGGUACAUGGGCAUGGGAUUUACCUGUCCAAAUUUCAGUUGUUUCAGAGUGGUCUUUACAAUGUGGUGGAUCGAUCGUUGCUGGCCUCCCCACAUCUUCCUUCUUCAUGGGAUGUCUUACAGGAGGUUUCCUUCUAUCAACCUUAGCUGACUCCUCGCUUGGUCGAAAAAACAGCCUGAUUUUGUCAUGUCUUCUAAUGUCUAUUACUGGAGCAAUCACUGCUUUUUCCACCAAUAUAUGGAUGUAUUCAUUCUUGAGGUUUCUUUCUGGAUUCGGAAGAGCUACAAUUGGAACUUGCGCGCUUGUCUUGUCUACAGAGCUCGUAGGACAGCGAUGGCGUGGCCAAGUUGGAGUCAUUGGCUUCCUCUGUUUCACUACAGGGUUUCUUUCUUUACCAACUUUGGCUUAUAUAAACAGAGGAUCUUCAUGGAGAAUUCUUUAUCUUUGGACUUGUUUGCCUACUAUUUUAUACUCAUUCUUAGUCCAUUUCAUUGUUAGUGAAUCUCCAAGAUGGCUAUAUAUCAAAGGGAACAAGCAAGGAUUUGUCCAAACUUUAAAAAGCAUUGCACCUCCAGCAACAAGAAGUAGUUUAACCUUAAGCUUUUUCGGAUCGUUCAUGGAAUUAGAAAAUCAAGAAGUACUCAACAACAACAACACGAUCGAUCUCUAUUCAGCUAUCAAGAUGUUAGUGGAGAGAAAUUGGUCUUUUCGUCGACUAAUGACAGUGAUGUUUGUUGGAUUUGGUAUUGGCAUGACUUACUAUGGUAUGCCAUUAGGUGUUGGAAGUUUAAAUAUCAAUCUCUACCUAAGUAUUACAGUGAAUGCGUUAUCCGAAUUGCCAUCUUCUAUUUUGAUUCUUUUAUGUAUUGGGAAGCUUAGUAGGAAAGGUUCACUACUAGGAUUUGCUAUGGUAAGUGGAAUUUUCAGCAUAGGUUGUGUUAUAAUUGAGGGAGGAAAAUUCAAAGGAUUGCAAAUAGGGAUUGAAUUGAUUUCAUAUUUCAGUGCGUGUACAACGUUUAGUAUUCUAUUGAUCUACACAUUGGAACUUUUUCCAACGUGUGUGAGGAACUCCGCGGUCGCAAUGGUGAGACAAGCUAUGGUUCUCGGAGGAGCCUUUAGUCCGAUGCUAAUCGCAGUUGGUAGGAACAACAAGUGGUUUUCUUUUGGUGUGUUCGGUUUGAGCAUAGCAACAUGUGGUUGUUUUGUUGUGUUUUUGCCAGAAACAAAUGGAACAACACUUAGUGAUACAAUGGAUGAAGAGGAGAAUAAUGACAUAACAUUUGUCUGUUAAGUAUUGUUUCUGAAUUCUCAAUAAAUUUCGACAUUUCAAGUUUACUUAUUUAUUUAUGUUAUAGUUUUUAGAUUGGUGCCUUUGUGGAAUCUCCACACAUUUCAAUCAUUCAAUGAAAUUCACACUUGUUUGAGGAUAUAA